AUGGAAGCAUCCAACACAGAAAUUGAUAUCGAUCAGGUGAUUGCACGCCUUCUCGAAGUGCGAGGCUCGCGACCGGGCAAGCAAGUCCAGCUGCCAGAGUAUGAAAUCAAGUUUCUAUGCACAAAAGCAAGGGAAAUCUUCAUCAACCAACCGAUCCUGCUUGAACUCGAAGCGCCCAUCAAGAUUUGCGGCGAUAUCCACGGGCAGUACUACGACCUUCUCCGUUUGUUUGAGUAUGGCGGCUUCCCACCGGAGGCCAAUUACCUCUUCCUGGGAGAUUACGUUGAUCGGGGGAAACAAUCGCUCGAGACAAUCUGUCUCUUGCUCGCCUAUAAGAUCAAGUACCCGGAAAACUUCUUCAUCCUUCGCGGUAACCACGAAUGCGCUAGCAUCAACCGAAUUUACGGCUUUUACGAUGAGUGCAAAAGACGUUACAACAUCAAGCUAUGGAAGACAUUCACAGAUUGUUUCAACUGUCUGCCCAUUGCUGCCAUUAUCGAUGAAAAGAUCUUUACAAUGCACGGUGGUCUCUCGCCGGAUCUCAACUCAAUGGAGCAGAUCAGGAGGGUCAUGAGGCCCACUGAUGUGCCUGAUACCGGCUUGCUAUGCGAUCUGCUCUGGUCGGAUCCAGACAAGGAUAUCACCGGAUGGAGCGAAAACGACCGCGGCGUGUCCUUCACAUUCGGGCCAGAUGUUGUUUCUCGAUUUUUGCAAAAGCACGAUAUGGACUUGAUUUGCCGUGCGCAUCAGGUUGUGGAGGAUGGGUAUGAGUUCUUCUCCAAGCGGCAAUUGGUGACACUCUUUUCUGCACCAAACUAUUGUGGUGAAUUUGACAAUGCAGGCGCCAUGAUGUCUGUGGAUGAAAGCUUGCUAUGCAGUUUCCAGAUUCUCAAACCGGCAGAGAAGAAGCAGAAGUACCAGUACGGUGGUAUGGGCUCUGGCAGGCCUGUGACGCCGCCGAGGAAGCAGAAGAAGUGA